CAAAACGCACAAAUGUCAAAGUGACAGUGUCAGUAUCACGAUUUUCCCAUAAUCUAACCUCAAACACAAUUUCUUAUUUAUCCAAUGGAAUAACACUGUUUCACUACAAAAAGUAAUCAUAAAAAUAAAUAUGAAUACGUCUAUGAUUCGAAUUGCUCAAUCGAGCUUCGGUAGUAGUGGAAUAAUAGCAAAAUGUUCACCAUCACAAAUUCACACUUCUGCCCCGCUAUGUCGCGUGGUGUCAGGAAAGUACAGGAUCACGAAGAAACGGGACCGGCCACUCACGUACGAAAUGGCGAACCCUCCUCAUUACAUCGCUCAUCGCAAAUCAUGGAACUCUUGGAAUACCUCAAGUUUAAAGGAUGGUCUCAGACGAUCUGAAACAGCAUUGGAAGAUGAAUUCAUCCGAAGGUUUAUGACUGGCACAUGGCAUGGACUUGUUUGUAGUGAGGUCAUAAUCAAGCGUCAGUUCAACCACAUCAGGGUCGCAGCAAUCAUCAGACGUGCCGUGUCCCCCACCAAAAUGUACUUCCUCCUUGGUUACACUGAAGAGCUACUGUCUAACUGGAUCCAGUGCCCUGUGACCCUUGAGUUGCAGACUGUAGACAGUUUCAAAGAUGUUGUGUUCAAGUAUAUUUAAUUUAGUUGUUUUAUUUGUAGUGUAAUAUAAUGUUAGGAAUAAUAAAAAUGUGUAUAUAAAAAUUGA